AUGAAGCUCAUCGCCGCCUGGGCCAUUCUCGCUUCACUCGCCUGCGUCAUGGCCGGCCAGGCAUCGCUCAUCGUUCAGUUCAAGGAUGGCAAGUCGUAUACGAGCCCAAAGCUAGAAUGCGGCCUUCAGACCAAUCUGCCAAAGUAUUGGGACUCGCCUCCCGCGGCCGUCACCUACAGAGGUCCUUCCCGUGAUGCCGACUUGCCUGACUACAUGACCCAAUAUGACUGUCCGUGUCUCUACCGAUGCGAUCACCAGACUGACAGCCAUGACAGUCGGCUCGGCUAG